CGUCCGGGCAGGCGCCUGGCCAGCCCCCAUGAGGGGCCACCGCGGAGCGUGAUUUAUACCUGAUUCCCACCCUCCGCUGAGGCCAGGCCAAGACCGCAGCCCCGCGAUUGAAAUUGGCCAGGCGUCUGGUGGCCUGACAUGCACCGUCUGGCCGACCGCAUCCACCUGGAGGAGCUGGCCCGCAUCGGCGUCCUGAGCGGCAGCGUGGACGCCAUGGUCCAGGCCCACCUGGGAGCCGUGUUCAUGCCUCACGGGCUCGGCCACUUCCUGGGCAUCGACGUGCAUGACGUGGGAGGCUACCCAGAGGGCGUGGAGCGCAUCGACGAGCCGGGCCUGCGCAGCCUGCGCACCGCGCGACACCUGGAGCCGGGCAUGGUACUCACCGUGGAGCCGGGCAUCUACUUCAUCCACCACCUCCUGGACGAGGCCCUGGCCGACCCUGCCCGCGCCUGCUUCUUUAACCGUGAGGUCCUGCAGCGCUUCCGUGGCUUUGGCGGGGUGCGCAUCGAGGAGGACGUCGUGGUGACCGACAGUGGCAUGGAGCUGCUGACCUGCGUGCCCCGCACCGUGGAUGAAAUCGAAGCGUGCAUGGCCGGCCGCGAGAAGGCCUCUACUCCCUUCUCUGGUCCCAAGUAGAGCGGGCCUGGGCCUGGCCUUGCAGCCUCUCUCCACCACGAUUAGCCUGCGGACGGGCCUUCCGCGGGGUAGGGGGGGAGACGGUGCUCAGAGAUCAGAUCCAGCAUCCACAUUUGAUCACACCAAAUACUGCUGUUUCCUAGGGAGGAAACGCUCUUUUUUUU